CAAUCUGUCAAAUGAGUGAAAGUGGAGUUUUAAAUCUCAUGUCGGACAGGAUCUCCUUUGUCAAUAAGAUAAGUGUUAUCCUGAAAGCCACCUCUGAUGAUGAUACGCCAGUGCCAGGAUACAUGUACCAGCAAAUCAGUGAUAUCAGCCAUGAGUCUGUUGGUUACUGUGAAAGUCUACUGGAAUUCUUAGUGGAACGACUCGAUAAAAAUUCAUACCAUGUGAAGCUAAAGGUUCUCAAGUUAAUGAAGUAUAUAAUUGAAAAUGGACAUGCCAACUUCCAGAUUGGUUUGAGGAAAAUGUCACAUGGCAUCCAGGCUGCUACUAAGUUUGGAGGUCCCCCUGAUCCUCUGCAUGGAAAUGUUCCUUAUGCAAUGGUGAGAAAAGAAGCUCAGGGAAUAUGUGAGAAGCUGUUUAAUGUUGAAGUUGCGUCUUCUGAAGAAGUAGUGGAAGAAAAUUACUCUGCAAAUAAGACAUACAAUAUUGUGGGUAUGGGUCCAUCCUCUGUAAACAGUGGUGGAGGCAGAAUAGAAGGAUUUGGAAAUUACUCCUCUAAUCAGCAAAAAUCUUUGGCUGAUACAAUAAUAGACGGUAUUGGUAAGCUGGCUGAGCGUCUGGGCGAGAGUCCGGUAGACAAACAGAAGGUUUUGUUAGACUCAUUAGAGAAGUCCUCCAGCAAGUACUGUCCUCCAGUUGUGUGGCCAUCAGACCCACUCACAACAGAUGAAUCAGGAGACAACACUUUGCCAGUAAUGCCUAAAAAAGUUUCGAGGAAACACGUCCCUGGUCGUGCUGGUGGAGGCUGGGAUUAUGUGGAUCCGGUAGGUGCUGCCUCGUUAGGUCAAGAUCGUUCUCACAGUCACAGUGAUUGCAGCUCGGAGUUCACCGAAAGACUGGAGUGUUCAAACUUACACUCAGCGGACUGGAGCACAGAAGUUGACUUGGUUAACUCAACAGUGGAAGACGAGUCACGGCCACUUCUCACCAGGCAGGAAAUUGCAACAUUUCAGAACAAAUGUGCCUCACUAAAUACUGACAAAAUAGUGGAAUUCCUCGCCGAGAAGCUCUACUCUCCUCAUGAUUACAUCGUUCUUAAAAGCCUGUUGUUGGUAGAAAACUUCCUUCGCUGUGAUUUGAUUGGUUUGGAGUUCCUGGCUGCUACAUGCAAAGAGUCAUUGCUUGGUGUAUACAUGAAGUGGGAGGGACCAUGCCGAGCUAAAGCGAGAAAGAUAAUUCGGAUCCUAGAAAAACUGACUUCUCAUCAGAACAUCCUGGCAGUGGAAGGGAAUGGAACUGUCAGUAGACCACCAGCUUCUUCUGUGUGUAGUCAUGGUGAUGUUAAUAACGGCAGUGUGGUCAGCACACAGACAGGGGAUCCAGAUCAACAACAUGGUGAAUGUGCACACUCUAUACUGGUUACAGAGCCUCUGUUGUCUUUAGAAGAUAAAUCUUUUCAACUGCCAGACACAGAACAGUGAGAUCUUGACAACACCUGAUGUAAAUCUUAUUAAGAGUGUUUACAGCCAGACACAGAACAUUUGAGUUCUGACAACACCUGAUGAAAAUUUUAUCAAGACUGGUUACAGCCAGACACAGAACAGUGAAGUCUUGUUUACUGCCAGACACAGAACAGUGAAGUCUUGUUUACUGCCAGACACAGAACAGUGACGUCCUGACAACAACUUAUCAAGACUGGUUACAGCCAGACACAGAACAGUGAAGUCUUGUUUACUGCCAGACACAGAACAGUGAAGUCCUGACAACAACUUAUCAAGACUGGUUACAGCCAGACACAGAACAGUGAAGUCUUGUUUACUGCCAGACACAGAACAGUGAUGUCCUGACAACAACUUAUCAAGACUGGUUACAGCCAGACACAGAACAGUGAAGUCUUGUUUACUGCCAGACACAGAACAGUGACGUCCUGACAACAACUUAUCAAGACUGGUUACAGCCAGACACAGAACAGUGAAGUCUUGUUUACUGCCAGACACAGAACAGUGAAGUCCUGACAACACCUGAUGUAAAUCUUAUCAAGAGUGUUUACAGCCAGACACAGAACAAUGAAGUCUUGUUUACAGCCAGACACAGAACAGUGAAGUCCUGACAACACCCGAUGCAAAUUUUAUCUUGACAUUUACCUAAUAUCAAAGCUUCUUGGCACCUAUGAAUUCAGGAGCAUUGGCUUGUAGGGUUGAUGCUAAAACAGUUUUUUACAGUGCAAUAUUAGGCUAUUAUAUAGGCAUACAGAGAAAAUGAAGACAAAGGGUCCACUAGGUUCAUAAUCGAAUUCCGUCCGGUACAUCCAGACCUGAUUAAUCCCCUUAAAUUUAAGGAAUAUUCCCCUUUUAUUCGUGUCAAUACAUUUCUUUAAAUGGUGUCAUCUGCGGAAUGCCCAGCCAACUACCAUAAUUUCUUGUGUAUUGCCUGCUGCACCAGAUAAGCCGCAUUUGGUUUUGAAAAAAAGAUUAUCAGUUUGUCCAAUCCGACAGAAAGCCCGCAAUAGCUUGAAUGGCCACCACUUAACCAUGAAAACCGAUCGUGUGAUCUAUCUGUAUAGCCAUUGCUAUUGUCAUUCAAUAAGCACUAAUUAUACACUCAGUUGAUUGCAUUGUAAUUUUGCUCUGGGUUUAAGUGUAAAUUAGUGAACAUAAUUACUGGGUUUGAAUUUCUAUGUCUGAAUUAGUAUCAUUUGCGAUAUUAGACCUGAGUGGAAAGAAAAACAAACAAGUUAUACCGCAGAUUUUAAACUGAUGAGUUGUUGUAUAUAUGCUGAACAACAUGGCAAUAGGGAAGCCAUGUGUAUUUUCCCUAUCUACCAUAGCAGUGCGGCUGGAACAGACUCAAUAGCAGCUUUUUGAAAGUACAUCGGAUAGUUCAGACUUUAGAGGUUGGAACUAAUCACAUAUACAGUACGGUACUAUCUUGUAAUAAAUUCUGAAGUAUCA